UAGAAUGAGAGGUGGUUAACCAGACACAACUGCAAAAUAAAAAACUAUCUCACUGAUUGAGAGAGUGGAGAACUACCGCGAGUAAGCAUGGCCAAUAUCACGAAGAAAGUGUCGUGGUCGAGCCGGGGUGACGAGUCCGGUGGCGGCGAGAGAACCCCACUUCUCAACGGCUCGGAAGAAGUCCGGUACACCAGACAGGUGUCCGGGGACGGUGGGAUGUUUCACAUCGGCAGACUGAGCACGGUGGAUCUGGAGGAGGAUAUGACGUCAGACGAGGACUCAGUGAGGGGCUGUCCCAAGGAGAUCCCUCACAACGAGAAGCUGCUGUCACUCAAAUAUGAGAGUCUGGACUAUGACAACAGUGAGAAUCAGCUGUUUCUGGAGGAGGAGAGACGGAUGAGCUUCUUAGGGUUCAAGUGUUUGGAGAUCAGUCGGUGGGUGAUCUGUGGUCUGAUUGGCUUCCUGACUGGACUCAUAGCCUGCUGCAUAGAUAUCGCCGUGGAGAACCUGGCUGGGGUCAAGUACUACGUUGUCAAACAGAGUAUCCUUCCGCUCACUGACCCACAUCACAGAACGGUCAUAUCCUUCCGCUCACUGACCCACAUCACAGAACGGUCAUAUCCUUCCACAUCACAGAACGGUCAUAUCCUUCCGCUCACUGACCCACAUCACAGAACGGUCAUAUCCUUCCACAUCACUGACCCACAUCACAGAACGGUCAUAUCCUUCCGCUCACUAACCCACAUCACAGAACGGUCAUAUCCUUCCGCACACUGACCCACAUCACAGAACGGUCAUAUCCUUCCACUCACUGACCCACAUCACAGAACUGUCAUAUCCUUCCACAUCACAGAACGGUCAUAUCCUUCCGUUCGCUGACCCACAUCACAGAACGGUCAUAUCCUUCCGCUCACUGACCCACAGUUCAGAACGGUCAUAUCCUUCCGCUCACUGACCCACAUCACAGAACGGUCAUAUCCUUCCGCUCACUGACCCACAUCACAGAACGGUCAUAUCCUUCCACACAUCAUAGAACGGUCAUAUCCUUCCACAUCACAGAACGGUCAUAUCCUUCCACACAUCACAGAACGGUCAUAUCCUUCCGCUCACUGACCCACAUCACAGAACGGUCAUAUCCUUCCGCUCACUGACCCACAUCAC